GCAACUUUGAAGACUACAGCCUCCUCUGGUAGUACGGCAUCGAACAAGAAGGUCGAAGUGGACCAUGCCGCAACUACCGUUGGGGAGACGGAAAAAAAGAAGGUUCAGGGGGUAUCGAAAGGAAAAAUCCCCCCUCCCCAUAUCGAAAACGAAAUUUGUGAUGCUGUAUUUGAGUUCACAAAUCAGAUUUGUCUUGCUGGCGAGGACUGCAGGCCCAUAUCAGGCCUGAGUAGACAAGUUUUGGCCUAGGCGCUUAGCAUGGCAGAAGUCUACGCUGUAGGAGCAACAGCAUGACAGACCGCCCGUAGAAUCUGCAUCACAAAUUUUCAGAAGUGUCCCGGUUUGGUAUGGGGAGGGGGGAUUUUUCCUCACAAUAGGGGGCCAAAGCGGUGAAGGCCGCCUCGAUUCCGCCGUCGAUGGUGAUAUCAAAUGUAAAAAUGUCUGGGUCUGGAAGAAUGCAAGAUUUGUCAUGCAUAUUUUUCAUGGCCAAUGAUGCCUGUAAUGCACGACCUAGCAUCACAGACUUUUAGAGGACUUCCUGAUGCGCCUUCCGCAUGAGAAAUGCCCUGUCCGCGUAGCACAAACUGCAACCCUCUUGCUGGUCAUGCAAGACAAAUUUUCCUAGAAUCCAAAAACAGCAUGACAAGUAGCGACCUUCCAGACCCAGACAUUUUUACAUUUGAUAGGUGAAGUCGCUGAACAAAUCUCCCUCAAUGGCGACUACGGUCCAAGGCGAGCAGCAGGCUUUCGAUCCGAC